CGACGUAUUUGUGUGAGCUUUGCGAAGAGGAUGGGCCCGAUGGGAACAGGGCCGCUUGCGGGAAUUCAUCGUGGUGAAUGUAAGCCACCGUGAGAACGCCAAUGUUUGGAACAGUGUCACCCGCAUUUUGAGGAGCUUCAAUGUUCAGAACAUUGUUCCUUGCCGAAAUUUCAAUGUGCUUGUCUUUGGGGGUAAGGGGAUGUUUCUGGUACUGGAGGUAUCUACGAGAGAGAUAAGAGAGGAGAAAGAGAGGGAGAGGUUUAAGAAUUCCUUUUCUGCAAAACGAAUUCGAAUGGGAGCAACAACCGCCGAACCAUUUGACAAACCGGCACCGGUGUGUCGGAAGCGGAUCCGAGAGUCGGAAAACGAGGCCGAGUGUGCCAAUCCGUUGUACUUUGAAAAGGGGAUUGAACAGUGCAUGAAAGCAGUGCACCAAUUGAGAGCAGAGCAUGCGAAAGCAGUGGAUGACCUCAGAGCAGAGCAUCAGAAAGCAGUGGACGAAUUGAGAGCAGAGCAUGAGAAAGCAGUGGAUGCAUUGAGAGCAGAGCAUGAGAGGAAGGGGAGAAUCCGAGCCAAAAAGAUUCAUGAGUUGGAGGUUGAGGUAAGAAAUGUGAAGGCAAAAAUGGCAGCAGUGGCCGAAGAGCUUCAAAAGUCCAAAACUGGGAGAGACUUCGAGGUCAGGAAGGUGAAGGUCGAAAUGGACUGAAUGGAUUUCAUGCAUCUCAGCGUCCAUGUCGCAGUACCGAUGCCAAAGUCCCAUGUACCACAGUACCCGCCGUACAAGGAGGGAUGUUAGGUUGAGUCCGCAAGGCCUACAGGACCCAGUAGAUAUGUUGCUCAGUGCAACCGGAUUGGCAUCUCGAUCCCAGGGAAGUCAGAGAAACUAGUCGAUGCGCCGACGGCCGAUUUCAGCCGGCGAAGGCAGGUACCACUACUGAAAAAGUCCGUCAUUGAGAACUGCAGCAAUUUACCAGA